ACGUUGUUUUCUGUCCCAGGGAGGGCAUGAUCUUGGAGGAAUCUUCGUCAAGUCGCUUCUUCCAGGAGGAGCAGCUGAGGCAUCUGGGAAAAUCAAAGUUGGUGAUCGUAUUACUGAAAUCAACAGCGUCAGCAUGGAGGGUCUAAACCGAAAACAGGCCGUAGAACUGUUGCGCCGCUCUGCUGCCACAGCCACCCUGAUGAUCGAAAGGUUCCGCCAGCCUCAAUCAGAUGCACCGCCGCCUGUGGAGGACGUUGACCAACUUCUAAGAACAUCGCCAAACUGCAUCUACAUCGAGUUGCAAAAAGUGAACAACAGCUUCGGGUUUAGUGUUGUCGGGGGUCCGGAUUUCGGCGGGAUCUUCGUCAAGACUAUUAACCCUAACGGAGCAGCAGCGAUGGACGGGAGACUCGGUAUCGGUGACAGGAUAGUCGCGGUGAACAACACCAACCUGACCAGAGCCAUCAGACAAGAGGCCGUGGACGCCUUACGCAGUUCGCCGCAUAUUGCACAACUCGUAGUCGAGAAAGGUGCACCUGAAGACCACAUCAACGCACAGCCCAACACCAUGGAUACCAUGCCUCAGCAGAUAGGCUCCGUGCAGUACACAGAUUACAGCGCGGAAGAGCAGCCAUUUGAGGUCCAUCUAAUCAAAGGUCCACAGGGACUCGGCAUGAGUUUGACUGGAGGCGAGUCGGGAGGCCCUAUCUACAUCAAGCGCUUAGUUCCCGGAGGCUCGGCCGCUCUGUGUGGCCAGCUACAAGUAAAUGACGUCAUCCUACAAGUGAACGGGAAAAGUCUCGAUCGCCUGACCUACAGGGAAGCUUUAUCAAUUCUACGCAACUGUCCACCGGAAGUAAGACUGUUGGUCAAGAGAUCCAGGGGUUCAUCCUACCCUCCGUAUCCGGGCUAUCGAGGAAGUACGGCCAGCAGCUACGCCGGAAGUUACGCAGGCAGUUAUGGCAGUAUGUCUAGCCUAUCAUAAGGCAGCUUCAAGCCACUACACGAAGUCACAACAUCCGGUAGAUGGGACGCCUGUGGUUUCUUCACACAGGGUCCCCAUUGUAUUCAAAGAGGAAAGGUGAAUUUCAUAAUCAUGCCCAGGAGAUGAUGAUAGAUACGUUUUUGUAAGAGAAUUUUAUGCCUGAUCAACUUGUAUUUAUAACGCAGAGAGAAUUGUCGUUAUUUCUCUGAUCGGGGGACCGGUUAUUGUUUGGAACAAUGAGGUUCUUCACAUCUAACCGAGAUUUCUCUCUUUUUCUCUCUCUCUCUCUCUCUCUAGAUUCCGUUAUAGUCUUUCUCUGAAUUCCAUCACGAAUUAACGGAGAAUGUACAGAAAACACACUCUCAGUCGUUUCCUUGUAUGCCUGGUAUAUGGAACCCUCAAGUUUCCGUACCCCCUUUCAUUUUAUGAUAUGACCUUCGUACCUGUUGUUCUGUAUAAUGACCGGUCUCUUACGUGGUAUCCCGGGUAGUUUAAAAAAAUAUAUCUCUUAACCCUUUGGGAUGCUCCUAGGAGUUGAAACAUUUCACUUUUGCGAUUUUAGGCAACGUUUUGAACGUUAAAUUUUUAACAAACAAAAAUUUAUUAAUUUCUUAUGGUUUUACUGUGGUCAAAGCACUCAUUUUACUUUUUUAAUUUGUUGAAAUUGCCAAGUUAUAUCGAGAAUAGGUCACGUGGGCAGGGAAACUGCUUUCGGAUACGUCACGUGAAAAGGUCACGUAAUAUUGUAGCCCUGAUCACAUGGGACAUGGAAUGUUUGCUCAGUAAGCGUUUAAUGUCUUGGGUGAGGACUUAGUCCUCGUAUCCAGGAUUCUUUCGUCCAAUCACUGGAUCAGAACAGGUGAAAGCGUUUGCGUAUGCGUAUGAUAAGUUCGUUGUCUUAGCCUCAUCUUUACUAAGCUCACAACAGGCAGGAUGGACUUGGAUUGGAUUGGUAGACAGAACAGUGCGAACAGGGCCAUCAAAUGAAUCAACAGCCCGACAAAAAUCCAAACGGAAGACUACGAGUAAGAUACAGAUCUAAAUAACGCUGUGUCGUCCGGCUUAUGUAUUAGUGCCGUCCGAUAUUUUAGUACCGCUUUAAAUCUGUGCACAUAAGAUGUACGUUUCAGUAAGGAAAUCAAUGCAUUUGAACUCGAACCAUCUUACAAUGAAGUAUAUCCUGAUUUUCAGCCGGGGCCUGGGACCUACGUUUCACUCCACCCCCAAUGUGAAACGUAGGACCCAGGCCCCGGCUGAAAAUCAGGCUAACAAUGAAGAGGCUAAAGCAUAAAAUAAUGCAUGGGAACACUAUAAUUUCCAAAUUUAUUUUUCAAUUAAAACAGUAGAGCAACGCAAGUCUGGUCCCAGGGGUUUCAUUAGGCCCCGGCAGCCGGCGGAAGCGCUAGCUAUUUUCCACUGAGCAUCGGCUACUUUUUUUUAAAGUCGACUUAAAUUUCAUUUAAAUAACUUCCACCCCCUACUUAUGAAUCUCCACCGCCUACUCUGCAAGUUCAUGAAAGCCCUGGGGUCCAUUAAUCGACUCUUUACUCAAUAAAAAUCCCAAUAUGCGGCAAUGCCACAGGGUGACCGCCCACGACAUGGUCAUGGAUAUGUUGUACAGAACCAGAACCGUGGAGUGCUAACAUUUCGAAAGCCCGAAAUGCUGUAAUUGUUCCGCAUACGCCUCUAAGCAGGGUCAUUACUAUCAUGCAUAACGCAUCCGCUGCGCAAAUUUGUGAAGGCAUUGAGUGUUAUGUGUAAGAAUGAAAAAUAAAGAAUGGAGUCAUUCUGUUGUUUUUACCAAA